AUGAAUUUAAAUUCAAAUUUGAACAUAAAUAAUAUUACAUCUACUAAUAUGUUAAAUUCAAAUGUAGUUAAUAGAAAUAUGGCAAAUAUGAAUAAUAUAAAUAAAAUAACAAAAAAUACUAUAGAAAAUGGGGUUACAUAUAUUUAUAAAGAAAAUUAUUAUAAUAAGUUAAAUAUAAAUGAAGAAGUUACAAAUUAUAAUAAAAGUAACGAAUAUAAUAUAAGAAAGCAGAAUGAACCUAAAGAAGUGAUGAAUAAAAAUACAAAUAGCUUUGAAGAGAACCGCAAAAAAAAAGAAGAGAAUUUUAAAAGUAUAACACAUUUUGCAAAAUAUUUAUUUUUCAUAGCUAAAAAAAUUGCUUGUAUAAAUAAUAAUAAUAGCAACAAUCAAUAUAUAGAUGAUGAAUUACAAAAAUCUCUAGUAAAACAUUUAAUUUAUAAAUUAAAUAAAAUCCUUUCUUCACUUAUAAAUUUUAAUGUUUUGCAGUAUAAUGAAAAUGAAAAUAUAAAACAAGAAAUUGAAUAUUUAUGUUUAAAAAAUAGCAAUAUAACUUUAAAUAAAAUACGUAUAAUGCUGAAAAGGCUAGAUGAAAGUAAUAUAAAUUACAAAUAUAUUUUGCAUAUAUUAUUAAAGUUAAAAGCAUAUGAAGAUGAAAAUAAAAGUAGUGAAUACAUAAACAAUAAUACAAUUGUAUCACAACUUAAUGAAAACAGUAAUUUUCAAAAUGAAAAAAAAAUAAAUUCAUUAAAUGAUGAUUCAUUAUCAUCAAAGAAAAAAUACGUUGACGAAAGUCUAAAUAACAUCAAUAAAAAUGUUAUAAUAGAUGAAAAUGUAAAUCAUUCUAACAAAAAUACAAAUUAUAUUAAUAAAACUAACAUAGAAAAUAAGGAAGAAUACAAAAAAUUAAGAUCAGAAAAUAAAAAUAAAAAUGAAAAUGACUAUAGUCUAGCUGUACAAAAUAAAAAAAUAAAAAAUGAAUCUUUAAGUAACAAAGAAAAUGAAAAAAAGGAUAUCUAUGAAACUAAAAAUAAAAAUGAAAAUAUAAUUCUUCAUAAAAAUAAUUUAGUAAAUAAAAGUUUAUAUGCAACCAUAAUAUUAAAUAACAAGUUUCAUAAUUUAGAUGUAGAAGAGAAUUUUAUACUGAGAGAUUUAAUAUAUCCACUUCAAGGUAUUAAUGGUGAAUAUAUAAAAUUUAAUAAAAAAGAAAAUGUUUUUUGUGUAUAUAAUAGAAAAGUUAGUAUAGGAAUGUAUCAUUUAAUAAAUAACAUUAGUAAUGUAGGAAUUUUGUUUAAAAAAAUCAAAAAAUAUAUAAAUGUGUCUAAUAAUAAUACUAAAAAAAUUAGUAUAUAUGAUGAUAACAAUAGCGAUUUAUCAAAUUAUGAAGCAUGUAGUGAUGAUAAUAAUAAAAAUAAUAAUAAUUAUAAUACUUAUGAAAAUGUGGAAAAUUAUUAUGAAAGUGAGAAAUUAAUAUGCUCAGUUAAUAAAAAUAUUUCAAAAGAUCAAAUAAUAAAAAAUAAAAAAAAUGCAUCUAUUGCAAAAAAAGGUAGUUUAGUUAUAGAUGCAUUGUAUCAAAUUAUAAGAGAAUAUAUAAAUGAAUAUUAUAAAUUAUUAUCAUACAUUGAAAGUGAUAUUAACGAACAUAUUCAUAAAAACACUGUUUAUAUUGGUGUAAAAAAAUUAUAUUUAUUAUUACAAGAGUCAUAUAAAAUAUUGAGAGUAUUAGUAAACGUAAUAGAUGAAUCGUUAAGAAAUAUUGGUUGUAAUUUUUUGUCUUUUUUAUAUUCUAAAUCACAAACAUAUGAUUAUGAAGAACAAAAAAUUUAUAAAAAAAUUCUACAAAAAUGUAUAAAACCUAUAAAUGAAAUCUUAAAACAAUGGAUAGAAAAAGGUAUACUAAAAGAUAAAUAUAAUGAAACUUUUAUAUCAACUAAUAAAAACGUAAAUUCAGAAGAAAUAUGGUUAUACAAAUUUUAUUUAAAUUGUAAUAAUAUUCCAUUGUUUUUAAGUGUAAGGACAGCCAAAAAAAUAUUAUUAACAGGAAAAAGUGUAUACUUAAUUAAUUUUUUUGGAAAUAAUAAAAAUUUAGGAGAUAAUGAAUUUAAUAACACUAAUGAUUCUAAUAUAAUAAAUACAAUGAAUAGUAAUAAAAGUUAUAUGUUAAAUCAACGUAAUGGUAUUUUAUCUAAUAAUUCAACUAAUAAUAUUAUCUUAAAUAGGGGAAUGAAAAAUAAUAAUAAUAAUAAUAAUAUAAAUGAUUACAGUAGCAGUGAUGAGGAAAAUAUAAUGGAUAUAUUUUCUGUAAAUGAUAUCAAUAUUUAUAUAGAUAAUAUAGAUUAUUAUAUUAAAAAAAUAUCAGAUAAAAAAAAUAAAAAACUAAUUUCUCUGUUAAUCAAGAAAUAUGAUUUAUAUGAUCAUUUUAAAGCAUUUCGUCAUUUUCUCCUACUAGUAGAUGGAGACUUAUUUGAAACUAUUUUUGAUAAUAUGAAAACUGAUUUAUACAUGAAUGCAGAAGAAUUAAAAAGACAUUACUUAAAUAGUAAACUAGAUUUAUGUAUAAAAUCAUCUUCUAUUUUUACAUCAAAUCAAAAUAUUAUCAAAAAGUUAAUCAUAGAAAAAUUUAAUAUUAAAAGAGGAGACAUUGGAUGGGAUGUUUUAGUUUUUGAUUUCUUAGUAGAAAAACCAUUAGAUAUUAUAUUUACAAAAAAAAUAAAAAAUAUUUAUAAAAGUAUUAAUGUGUUAUUAAUAAAAUUAAAAAAAAUUUUAUGUGAAUUAUCUAAUAUGUGGUAUUUAUUUACUCAUUUAUUUAAAAUUAUUAAUUUAGUUUAUUAUAAUUCUGUAUUUACUUAUUGCAAUAUUAUAAGAAAUGAAAUGUUUCAUUUUAUUCAAAAUAUUUUAUCUUAUUUUUAUUACGAUGUUAUUGAUACAAACUGGCAAGAAUUCAAAAAGAAAAUUUUUUCUUGUAAUGAUCUAGAUGAACUAAUUCAAGCUCAUUAUAAUUACAUAACUCAAAUUCAAUUUGAUCUAUUUUUAGGAAGUUAUAAUGACUUAAUUAUAAACUCUGCUAACAAUUAUUCUGAAGAUGAGUCUCAUUUAAAUAAUUCAUUGAAUAGUGGAAUAAAUGAUUUUUAUAAUUCAUCUAAUGACCGUGAUAUUUCUUGUAUUUAUAAUAAUAAUGACUUGAAUGAAGAAAACAUAAAUAAAUCUAAUAAAAAUAAUAUUGAUAAUGAAACUCAUAAUUGUUUAAAUAAAAUUUUAGAUAUUAUAACUCGAUUCAUAAAUUUAACAAGUGCCUUGAUUUCAUCUGUUUGUGAAAAUUAUACAGAAAUUAAAAAACUAACAGAAGAACGAAAAGAAGAAAAAGGGAACUUUGAAAAUGAUAUUGAUUAUAUUAAUAAUUACAUUAAUUAUAAUAUUAUUGGAGAAAAAACUAUAAAAGAUAUUAAAAUGUUAUUAAAAUAUUAUAGAAAUUAUAUUUAUAAAUUUAUUUGUCUUUUGUUAAGUGAAAAUAAAUUUUUAUAUAUAUAUUCGAAAAACAGUAAAAGAGAUAAAUUAUAUUCACUUAGAUUAUUAGCUUCAAGAUUAGAUUUCAAUUUAUAUUAUGUUAAUAUUUCAAAAGUUAUUGAAAGUAAAAAUAGUAAACUUAAUAUUUCAAAACAAAUUAAAAUGAUGAACAAAUAG